UAUUGAUUUAAAAACUGUAUUUUCAUCACAUAUAUAGAGUAUGGUAGUUGAGUCUACUUGAUUUAGCUAACCCAUUCGUCUUGUGGAAAAAAAAACUUUUACCAUAACCGACAUGUACACCUGUAUAAAGAGGUUGGUUUUGUACAGUCUGGAGUACGAAUUCUGGCUUUGCCCAAAAAACACAAUGUAGAUGGCGAGAGAGUUUGAAAACGGGUCAUUUUUCUGUUUUCUCUGCGCUACGCUAAAGUCGAAAAGAUUGAGGGUGCAAAUCUGAAUAGUCAGAUCGCGUUUCGGGUACAGAAAUCUGAAAAUGGGUGGCCUAUUCCGAGACCAAGUAUAAUGCGAAAUUUCUUAAAUUGAGAAGUUAGGGGCAAUGUAGAUACAAUAACGUGUAUAUUCUGCAGGAUUAUAACUACAAUGGGUGACACUGCUGCCCAGGUCACGACUCUGUUCAGCUUAUACAGGGAUUACGGAGAAUGCGACUACCUGGGUGAGAGCGUGACCCAGGUACAGCAUGCCAUACAGUGUGCAAUGCAAGCGGAAAACGAAGGGUUUCCACAUAAGGUGAUUCUAGGAGCCCUCUUACACGAUGUUGGUCAUCUUGUCGGCUUGGUACAAAAAAGAGAAAGAAUGGAGACCGAAGGGAUCACACUUGGUGUCAAGAACCAUGAACGCGUUGGAGAAAAAUAUCUGAAGAGCCUUCGUUUCCCAGAAGAAAUAACCACCUUUGUCAGAGGUCACGUAAAUGGGAAAAGAUAUCUAGUGUAUAAGGAUCCCGGCUAUCACGAUAAACUGUCGCCAGCCAGCAAGAUGACACUGGUUCAUCAAGGAGGGCCCAUGACUGCAGAGCAGGCAAAAGAGUUCGAAAAACACCCGCAAUUUGAAGCACUUGUACGAAUGCGAACGUGGGACGAUCUGGCAAAAGACCCUAACAUGAGGAUGGAGCCACUGGUGAAAUAUGAGGAGAUGUGUCGAAACUAUUUGAAACAAUAGACCAGUUUCUAUGCAUCCGGUUUUUUUUAAUAGAAACUAGGAAAAUUCUGGAAAAAAUAGCUUUGUACUAUAGUAAUGAAAUAAGGUAAAACUUCGACUGCACCGGUGUAACGAAACUAAGGGUCCGUGUAACAGAAAGCCCGCCCUCCAUUUAGUUAUAAUGGUUAGGGUUAGC